AUGGUAACGACGCGACGCAGCGCAGGCUCGUCCAUGGAACCGACCGCCACGGGCCCAACCAUGCGGCAACCACAGAACUCCUCGCCGCCUCGCAACCCACCUCUGCUCCCAACGCCGACUGAGCGCCUCACACUCGCCGUUUUCCCUCUCGUCCUCAUCUUCGGCACUUUAUUUUCUGUCCUGUCUCCCGAAACCCGUUCCGCGCACUACGACCCCUUAACGCAGUCGCACUCGCAAGACCCCUCCGCCGCGCCUAGCUACUUUGCCCGCAAGUCUAAUAUCUUUAACGUGGUCUUUGUUAAGCGCGGCUGGGGUUGGACUACAUUCGCAUUCUACUUCUUCCUGCUCACGCACCCCAGUGGUGGUGCCGGCGGGCUGGACAUGACGCCCCGACGACUAAGGGCAAUGCUGCGUUGGGCGGCCGUCACGGCCUGGUGGUUCCUGGUCACGCAGUGGUGCUUUGGCCCGCCUAUGAUUGAUCGCGGCUUUAGAUGGACAGGUGGAAAAUGCGACGUGGCUGAACGGGAUGUUCUACAAGGCAGCUCUGAUAUGGGCGAGGCCUUCACCGCCGUGGCAUGCAAGGCAGCCGGCGGGAAGUGGAACGGUGGACAUGACAUCUCGGGACAUGUAUUUCUGCUAGUGCUAGGUACGUGUUUCCUGGCUCAGGAGAUUGGGUGGGCUGUAAGCAGAUGGAGCAGCAGACUAGCCGAGGAGAGAUGCAUCAUCUUGCCUGAUGGAGCGGUGAAGAGCGCCAAUAUCGAGGCCGAAACGGCCGCCGGACAGGGAGGAGGAUAUGCCCUUGGAAUUGGGACGAAGACUGCUCUUGGCGUGGUGGGCAUGAAUUUGUGGAUGCUGUUGAUGACGGCAAUUUAUUUCCACACAUGGUUUGAGAAGCUUACUGGACUGCUGACAGCCCUUGUCGGAGUUUAUCUCGUAUAUAUUGUUCCUCGGGGCCUCAAGUUCCAACUCCGCUUCUCACCAGCACUAGCCAACAAGCCCAAGCCACCCCAAGAUGCGUCAUUAACCCCUAAAAAGCCGUUUGAUCCGUUUGCCAACCCACCGCCGGCACUAUACAUUGCUGACGUCGGCCCAUCGCAUUACUUGGUUCUAAAUAAAUUCGCCAUAGUGCCGGAGCAUUUCAUCCUUGCCACCAAGGAAUUCAAGCAACAAACUGAUGUGUUGGAAGAGGCCGAUCUAGAGGCUACAUUGGCAUGCAUAGAGGCGUUUGAGUCAGAGGAUAAAGGCGAGGACGGGGGGCUGUUCGCCUUCUUCAACUGCGGCGAGCACUCGGGUGCGAGCCAGCCCCAUAGACAUAUCCAACUGCUCCCUAUUGACAGAAUGAGAGACGGGCUCGAGUCAGAAAACGGACAUCACCCGUGGAACGUCUUGGCGGACGGAGAGCAUCUCGAACAAACGCCGUUUGUGGUGUUUUCCGAGCCCAUCACGCCAGGCAUGUCGGGUGCCGAAGUAUACGGCGUCUAUCUGCGUUUGUACGGCCAGGCCUGCAAGGCCAUUGGCGAGCGGAAUGGGGCGCAUGCACCGGCGGUACAAGUUACCGCUGGUGCACCCAGCCAGAUAAGCUACAAUAUGGCCAUGACGAAGAGUCGACUCGUCAUUUGUCCGAGGUUGGCAGAGGGGGGACCAGUCUGCGGCAGAAAUGGAGAGGACGUGGGCCGGCUUGCGCUGAACGGGACGGUGCUUGCUGGGACGGCGCUUGUAAAGAACGAGGCCGAGUGGGAUGCGCUGCGUGAGAAUCCCGCCUGCUUGGCGGAUGUGCUGAGAGGGAUUGGGCUCCCGAGAGAUGUCUACGGAGACGAGGGUGCGAAUAAGCUGUAG